AUGAGUUAUUAUGCAGCCGGUGGCGAUGAUCCGUAUUAUAAAGGCACGAUGCAACGCUUAUGGGGAGAAUAUGGUGCCAAAACAACCCCACAACAUGGCAGUGUUGUUUCUAGUUGUGCAUGGGGUUCAGCUCCUGCUGGUGGUGGUGGAGGAUGGCGUUCAUCAUCCCCAAUCCAACCACAAAUGGUGAGCGGUGAACUAAGCUCGCUGUCAACGGCACCGCAUAGUAAUUUGGCACCCCCUUCACCAAGUAUGACUCUUGGAAUAAAUACUGGAACUUUCACUUAUGAGGAGCUUUCAGCAGCUACUGACGGAUUCUCUCAGGCCAAUCUGCUCGGCCAAGGUGGGUUCGGGUUCGUGCACAAAGGUGUGUUACCAAGUGGCAAGGAGAUUGCAGUCAAGAGUUUAAAAACUGGUAGCGGGCAAGGCGAAAGAGAAUUCCAGGCCGAAGUCGAAAUAAUUAGCCGUGUCCAUCAUCGGUACCUCGUCCUAGUUGGAUACUGCAUUGCAAGACAACAACGCAUGUUGGUGUAUGAGUUUCUUCCAAAUAAAACCUUGGAAUACCACCUCCACGGAAAUGAUCGCCCGGUUAUGGAUUUUCCGACUAGACUUCGAAUUGCAUUAGGUUCUGCUAAAGGGCUUGCUUAUCUUCAUGAAGACUGUCAUCCUCGCAUUAUUCAUCGUGAUAUUAAAUCAGCUAAUAUUCUGCUCGACUACAACUUUGAAGCUAAGGUGGCUGAUUUUGGAUUGGCUAAGCUGUCUGAAGAUAACCACACCCAUGUCUCAACUCGUGUGAUGAGAACAUUCGGGUACUUGGCUCCAGAAUAUGCAUCGAGCGGCAAACUGACAGAGAAAUCCGAUGUUUAUUCAUUUGGAGUCAUGCUAUUAGAACUCAUAACCGGAAAGCAACCUUUGGAUCCGACAAACGCAAUGGACGAUAGCUUAGUAGAUUGGGCUCGGCCUCAUUUGACUCGCGGACUGGAGGACGGCGACCUCAGUCCACUGGUGGAUCCACGUUUGGAUAAUAACUACAACCAUGAAGAAAUGAAACGCAUGGCGGCCUGCGCUGCCGCCAGCAUCAGACAUUCAGCUCGGAAGCGCCCCAAAAUGAGUCAGAUAAUGCGUACUCUGGAAGGGAACUCUUCAUUAGAUGACCUGAACGAAGGAGUAAAGCCAGGACAUAGCACAGUGUAUGCGUUUGGAGGAACAACAGAUUAUAGCAAAAGUUCAUACCAAGCCGACAUGAAGAAGUUCAGAGAAUUAGCAUUCGCAAGCCAGGAUAUGAGUGAGGACUGA